UGAGAAACUGAAACUCAGUUUCAGUUGUUGUAUACUUUGUCUGUGCUCACAGGGUAGAGCAUGUAAGAAGUAGUAGAGUAUAUUUGGAAUGGAUCAAAUGUUUAGAGAAGCGAAUAAGAAAGGAAAACAAGAAUGGCUGGAAAGAGUGAAAAGAGAAUUUCAAAAUGGCCCACUUGCAUCAAAUGUUGUGUUUGUCCUUAUUUUGACGGUCCUGGAAAGGUUGGUGCAGACAGAGUUUGAGUGCCCCUGUAAAGGGACAUACUUGAAUGGUGGGUUUGUGGCUACAUUCUUCAUCAUUCCUGGAAUCUUGGCUUAUGUGCUGAUGGCUUCAAUGCAAGAACUGAAGUGCUCACGUGACACAGACAAUGCAAAGCGAUUCUUUCACUGCUGUGUCCCUACAUUUGUGUGGAUGAUCUUGAUGCUCUUUGAUGGCAGCUACUUUUCUUGUGGAAUGACUGACUGGUCAGGCAGGUAUGUAACUGCUGACAAAGCUGCCCCACUGAAGUGGUGUGAACCAGAAAAUGGUACCUUAUAUCAGGAUAGACUGAACAAAUCUCAGGACUGGUACUUUCUCUCUCAGUGGGCUGGGCUUGCCUUGGUCUUGGUCUUGACUUUGGUCUUCCUGAUCAUAAAAUGCAUCAUAAAUACAUCUCUUGAACAAGAGCAAUCCAGUACUCCUUCAGAAAGUGACUCUGGUCCAUGUGUUCCCCCAGGUCACGAGCAGUUGUCCAAGCAUUUCACUACAUAUCGUACUGUGUAUGACUGUGCCAAACAGAUCAGGCCUCUGGCUCAAGCUCAGCUGUCGCACUCCGACCUCUCCAUACCAACAGUCCUGACACCAACGUCACUGAUACGUGAAGAAGCAUAGUGUGACUGAGGGGCUGGAGUCCAUCCCAGCUGUCACAGAACGAGAGGAAGGAUAUACCCUGGAUUGGUCGCCAAUCUGAAUUCUAGUAGUGUAUUAUAUAUCUUUAUAAUUGGCCACCUCUCGCUGAAUUUUUUUUUUCUCGUCAGAGUUCAUUUGUGGAAUUUCUUGCCUCCUUAAUGUGGUUGGGACCAUCAGUUGUGUUGUGCAGAACUCAGGUUGGUACACAACUGACAGCCCCAUUUGACAACUGUUAGAAUCCAUAUUAUGGUAAGAACCAUAAGAAAAGAAGAUAAGAAUUAGAGCACUUCAUUACAUUAACCCUAUAACGCUCUUUGUAUCAUAUUUGAUACAUGGGUUUCUGAGACCUCUAUUUCAUCAACAUGAUCCAUACUUGCCAUAAUUUCAAAAUAUUAUGGACAAAGCUUCUGUCUAAUAUUAACAUUUUUGUUAACAAAAAGUUGCCAAAAACACCCAAUGUAUCAAAUAUGAUACAAAACAUAUAUAAUGAAUAUAUAAUAAAUAUAUAUCAUACACAACAUGAUACAGCAAAAACAAGGGCGUUUUGUUAUGAGGUUUAAUAAAUAUCUCACUUGCAAAAAAAUCUGAAUUUUCUGGCUAUUUUUUGAUGGGUUGGUUCUUACAGGGUUAAGAACUGAAGGUCAGUUAGUCUGGAAAAUUACUAAAACUUUGAAUGCGUACCAAGUGUAAUAGCAAAAACCAUCAAGCGCUACGAUGAAACUGGCUCACAUGAGGACCGCCCAGGAAAGAAAAACCAAGUCAUCUCUGCUGCUGAGGAUGAAUGUCACGGUCCGCUGUGACAAACCGUGCGGUGGUGUGUAUGGUGGACCCAGGUGCGAACACAGGUGAGCAGACGGGAGUGAACUUUAAACAAAAGCGAGCCUUUUAUUGUGGCUGAUGACAAGGUAUACAAAUACAGCAGGGAUAGCGUGGCUAAACAGAAACCUAAACUGGGAAUAACUAAGGUAAAGCUAUGACUAAGAAUACAAUAGACCGGGCAUGGAAACAUAGAGGGUGGAAACACAGACGACGCGACGCAGACUACAUGAAACACAGAGACUAAAUACACAUGAGGGAUGAUC